AUGAACAAAUAAAUACUGUGAGAUUAGUUAAACAAAAGGGAGAAUGAUUAGUAAAAGAUAAUAAUUCAGGUUCGAACUUCGUAUUUGCAUUGAACUUUGAAUUAAUUUGGGCACUACACCCUUUGCUCGGUUUCAGUAGUAAACUAAAUUACUUUGAUACCCCCAGAACAGUUAAGCCGUAGGGGCAAUAAUGGCAUUUCAAAAGACCAAAUCAAAUCAGAAAAGAGAGUGGAAAAUCAAGAUGCCGGCUUGUCACGACAGGAAAUAGCAAAACUGAGACAGGGUGCCCUUAUUUUUCCUUUGUAUCUCUUCCUCUCUGCUUUCAAAAAAUCAUCUCGGAAAAAAAAUUGUUAUUAUUAUUAUUUUUUAUUUCUAUCACUUAAAAUCAAGUCGCAAUCGGAAUCUCACUGAAAAUUGUAAUUUUACAAGUUGAUGAACUAGGAAAUAUUUAUUAGAACUGUAAUAAAAAGGAUCAACAAAGAUCAUUAUUGAGGAUGGCUUGUAGAGGAUGCUUAGAGUGCUUGUUGAAGCUCUUGAACUUCGUGAUGACUCUUGCUGGUUUGGCAAUGGUUGGAUAUGGUAUCUACUUGUUUGUUGAGUAUGAAAAGGCUGCUGAUACAGCAAUGCUUUUGUCACCUGCGGGUAGUGAUCAAGAUUUGAUACAGCUCGGUCGGCCCAUGCUCAUGGCUGUAUCUCUUUCAUCUAGUAUUUUUGACAAUCUGCCAAAAGCAUGGUUUAUAUAUUUAUUUAUUGGAGUAGGUGUGGUUCUCUUUGUUAUCUCUUGUUUUGGUUGUGCUGGAGCUGCAAUGCGGAAUUUAUGCUGCUUGACUUGUUAUUCAGUGUUGGUGAUCUUGUUGAUCUUGGUGGAGCUUGGAUGUGCAGCUUUCAUAUACUUUGACAAAAGCUGGAAAGAUGAACUUCCUAAGGAUAAAACAGGAGAUUUUGAUAUGAUUUAUGAUUUUCUGGAAGAAAACUGGAGUAUUGUCAAAUGGGUUGCCCUUGGAAUUGUUAUAUUAGAGGCUCUCAUUUUCGUGUUAGCACUUACGGUUAGGGCUGCCAAUAGACCUGCUGAUUAUGACAGUGACGAUGAGUUCAUUGCACCAAGGCAACAAGUUAGACAGCCUUUGAUCACCAGGCCACCAGUUCCAGCUGCAGGUGUACCUGUUGCUGGCAGCCUUGAUCAACGGCCCAGCAGAAACGAUGCUUGGAGCACACGUAUGAGGGAAAAGUACGGGCUGGAUACGUCUGAGUUCACAUACAACCCUUCGGAGUCAAACAGGAACCAGCAGGUGGCCCCACAACCAGCAGAAGAAAGGAGCCGUUGCACCAUUAUGUGAUGAUAUUCUGAGUUUUGUGGAAAUCUUAAUUUGGUUUGCUUCUGAAGGCGAUUGCAUUGACAAUGGAGUGACGGCUUCAGAUUUCUCAGAUGACAGUUUUAUUUCCUUUUUGUUGAGUUUGUGUACAAUGCACUAUUUUCAGGAGCUUUACUGUUUUCCGCUCAUUCCCCACAUUUGUUUCUUUAGAGAACCAAUGUUUUUCCAAACAUAACCAUUUUGUGUGUAAAAUUGACUGGUAAAGAGUUGCAGCUGAGCUUUAAGUACUUGAGCUUCAAAAUGUUUUUGCAAUCAUUAAGUUUAACAUUGGGGUUAUGGUUGAAAUGACAAAAAGUAUCUGCCAAUCAAUUUCAUAGGUUGAGAUGGAAUCCUGAGCCAAGUGCAACUCCGCCCUUUUCUUAUCUGUUCCUUCUCUUGUAAUGAAUGGUAAAAAUCGUCAACCGAAUGGGGUUAUGGAUGUUCAAGAGCUGGAUAUAUGGCAUUCUGGAAACUAAAUUAUAACAGGGUAGAAAUGUUGUGUAAACAUUA